ACUGCAUUCCCAACCGAGCUGCGGGCCGACGCGCUUCACCACCGCCCGUUUACAUCCACGAAAUUCGACAAAUGCGGUGAAUAUACGGCGUUUAGAUACUUUGUUGUGCCUUUUUGUCUUGGCUGGCGGUAUUAUUUGAAUGCGGAUUUCAGCGGAGGAGUGAAGUACUGCGUGUUGUUUACGGAUAAAGGAGCAGGAAACAUCGCCUCGGUUGUUUAUUUUUCAGGACGUUAGGGUGUAUUUUUGUACUUAAGAGCAUUUGUAGUGUACAACGAUGAGUGCUGCAAUUGCAAAGCCAUCGGCGAAGCCAUCGGCUCACGUCGAUCCCAAAUCUGCUCCUCUGAAAGAGAUUCCCGACGUUCUGGUGGAUCCGAGAACCAUGAAGAGAUACAUGAGAGGUCGCUUUUUGGGAAAAGGAGGAUUCGCCAAAUGCUACGAAAUCACAGAUAUGGACACAAAAGAGGUCUUCGCUGGGAAAGUUGUGCCGAAGUCGAUGCUGCUGAAGCCGCACCAGAAGGAGAAAAUGAGCACAGAAAUCGCCAUUCACAAAAGUCUCGAUAAUCCGCAUGUUGUGGGCUUUCACGGGUUCUUUGAGGAUGAUGACUUCGUGUAUGUGGUGCUGGAAAUCUGUCGCAGAAGGUCUCUCCUUGAAUUGCACAAAAGGAGGAAGGCAGUGACUGAGCCUGAGGCCCGAUACUUCAUGCGCCAGACUAUUCAGGGUGUUCAGUACUUGCACAACAACAGAGUCAUUCACCGUGAUCUCAAACUUGGGAAUCUGUUCCUCAAUGAUGACAUGGAUGUGAAGAUCGGUGACUUUGGUUUAGCCACUAAGAUUGAGUUUGAUGGGGAGCGAAAGAAGACCCUUUGUGGCACUCCAAACUACAUUGCUCCUGAGGUGCUCUGCAAGAAAGGCCACAGCUUUGAAGUUGACAUUUGGUCACUAGGAUGCAUUCUAUACACACUGCUGGUUGGAAAGCCUCCAUUUGAGACAUCCUGUCUGAAAGAGACCUACAUUAGGAUUAAGAAGAAUGAGUACUCAGUUCCUAGACACAUUAAUCCAGUUGCAUCUGCUUUGAUUCGUCGGAUGCUGCACGCUGACCCUACACUCAGACCUUCUGUAGCUGAACUGCUGACUGAUGAGUUUUUCACCUCUGGUUAUGCACCCAUGCGGCUGCCCACUUCCUGUCUCACUGUUCCUCCCAGGUUCUCCAUCGCCCCCUCCAGCCUGGAUCCUGCCCUCCUCCGCAAACCUCUCUCAUCACUUAAUAAAGGCACAGAUAGUCCAAUUGAGAAAAUGGGGAAAAUGGAUCAGCCACAAAGAGAAGAUCUGCAACAAAGAGAUGGACCAGAGCAGCCUGACACUCACCUAACUGACAUGCUGCAGCAGCUGGCUGUCGUCAAUGCAGCCAAGCCGUCUGAUAGAGACUUUAUUAGACAAGAGGAAGCUGAAGACCCUGCUUGUAUUCCUGUCUUCUGGAUUAGUAAAUGGGUUGACUACUCUGACAAAUAUGGCCUUGGUUACCAGUUGUCUGAUAACAGUGUAGGUGUUCUGUUCAAUGAUUCCACACGGUUGAUCAUGUGUGCUGACGGUGAUAGCCUGCAGUACAUCGAUCGCAACUCUCUAGAAUCCUACCUCAGUGUUCGCUCGUAUCCCUCUGCACUCUCCAAAAAGAUUACACUCCUUAAGUACUUCAGGAAUUACAUGAGUGAGCACUUGCUGAAGGCUGGAGCGAAUAUAACUCCUCGGGAAGGGGAUGAACUGACCCGAUUGCCUUACCUUCGCCACUGGUUCCGCACAAAGAGUGCUAUUGUGCUACACCUGAGUAAUGGGACUGUGCAAAUCAAUUUUUUCCAGGAUCACACUAAGCUUAUUUUGUGUCCACUAAUGGGAGCAGUGACGUACAUCAAUGAGAAGCGAGAGUUUUACACCUACAAGAUGACCUUAAUCGAGGAGUUCGGCUGCUGUAAAGAGUUGGCUAGCCGUUUGCGCUAUGCUCGCAACAUGGUGGAGAAGCUCAUGGCCUGCAAAAGCAGCACAACAGCUGCUACUUCAGCACGCUAACCCACUGACGUCAUAAAUUGUAUAGCUAUGAGUUCACCAUCGGCUCUCACUUGAGUCUGAGGGCCCGUAAAUAUUACUACAGCAAAACUUGAACAGUUUUCUGAGUUCUACACUAUGAUGUCCUCUUCUGGAUCUGUUUACUCUCUCUCGCUGUCGUUUGUUCAUCAGGGUUGCACAUCUGUGGCCAUCUCUGUAUCAUGUGAAUGCUCUUGUACAUGUUUUAAUAUUUUAGAUGCUGUUUAUCUGUCCUCUGUUCUUUGUAUAAAAGCUUUUGGAUGAGAA